ACGGCAACCCUGUCGUGACGAUGACACCUAAUGUGCCGCUCUUCGUGCAGAUUGCCGCUGGAUGCCUUGUUCUCGCUUCGGCCUCGGGAACAACGAUUUCGACAAGUGACGGAUGCUGCUGGCGUGGCGCUGAAUUGGGAACUCCGGUGACGGUUCGUUUCGACAACGCUUUCGAUACCUUUUCUACGCCCCCAACAAUCUCAGCUGCUGCGCAUGCACAUGAUGCCCACGGAGAACCGCGCAAAGCUACGAUGACGUCACUCACCGAUAAGUGGAUCGCCUCGCCGUUGGGUUUAAAAGGGCCACCAGCGCCUGCAUUCUUCAGUGGACACGGCAACCCUGUCGUGACGAUGACACCUAAUGUGCCGCUCUUCGUGCAGAUUGCCGCUGGAUGCCUUGUUCUCGCUUCGGCCUCGGGAACAACGAUUUCGACAAGUGACGGAUGCUGCUGGCGUGGCGCUGAAUUGGGAACUCCGGUGACAUUUCGUUUCGACAACGCUUUCGAUACCUUUUCUACGCCCCCAACAAUCUCAGCUGCUGCGCAUGCACAUGAUGCCCACGGAGAACCGCGCAAAGCUACGAUGACGUCACUCACCGAUAAGUGGAUCGCCUCGCCGUUGGGUUUAAAAGGGCCACCAGCGCCUGCAUUCUUCAGUGGACACGGCAACCCUGUCGUGACGAUGACACCUAAUGUGCCGCUCUUCGUGCAGGUUGGUGGUCGAAAAACAGGCUUUUCUAGCAAUUCCUUAUGCCUUAUUGUGUUGCCGUGUCCACAAAUAGUGCUGGAUUGUUUGAAUGAUGUGUUUUCAAUGGCAAGCCUGUUACUUAUUCUUUCCGGAGAUGUAGAAGAAAACCCUGGGCCUCCGAUGGAGGAUAUGGUUAAAGAAAUGCUUCAGAACCAAAAAGAAAUUUUGUCAAAAAUUAGCGAAAUUCAACAAAAACAAGUAUCAUCAGAAUUAAACAUAACGCAAAUUCAAAGUAAACUUGUCGAUAUUGAAAAGAAGUUACAGAGCAUGGAUCAAAUUGAGAACAGGCUUACCAGAGUGGAAAGUUGCGUUGAGACACUAGAUGUGCACAUGGCUGCCUUGAGAAGACAAACUGAGGACUUGGAUAACCGCUCUAGGCGAAAUAAUCUUAUCAUAAGAGGAGUAGAGGAGGAAGACUCCGAAACAGAUGAAAUUUUGAUGAAAAAGGUGAACGAGGAAAUCAUUGGAGGUAUACUAAAACAAAAACUAAACUCUAUCGAACGAAUACAUAGGUUAGGAAAGAAAAUCCCUGGUCAAAUUCGUCCGAUUAUUUUUAGAGUUACGGACUUCAGGGAUAAAGUUAGAAUUCUGAGCAACUGCAGGAAACUCCGAGGUACACAAUUUAGCAUUAAUGAAGACUUUUCCAAGCGUGUCGUUGAGAUCCGCAAGAAACUUUGGAAAUCAUCGGAAGAAGAAAGAAUGAAGGGUGCCAAGGUUAAAUUAUUUUUUGACAAGCUCCGAGUUGAUAAAACUAUGUACGCUUGGAAUGAUGUAACAAACGAACGGAGCAAGUGGCACGCCUCUCCCGAUAAAACUACGGCAUGA